CUUGGAAUCCCGUGAUAUUGUUUUACGUCGUCGGAAUGAUCAAUUACAACGUAUAAAGGAAACACACCGCUCAUAUGAUGCACUGCAAUAUCCCAUUAUUUUGGCAAGGUGAAGAUGGCUACGAUUUCUCAAUAAAAAUGAUAAAUCCCAUUGCAGGUUCUGAAACCAACAAAAAAGUCAGUUCAAUGAACUAUUAUUCAUACCGCCUAAUGAUUCGGGAAAAUGAAGAUAAUCACAUAUUGAAAUGUCGGCGAUUAUAUCACAAAUAUGUUGUUGACAUGUAUGUUAAAAUUGAAACGGAAAGAUUAACAUUCAUCAGGUUGAAUCAAACCAAACUCCGAUCUGAAGAGUAUAUUCACCUUCGAGAUGCGAUUAAUACUGAUGGAAAUGCACAGAAUGUCGGUCGGAUGACUAUUCUUCCAGCAACAUACAUCGGAAGCCCUCGGCAUAUGCACGAAUAUGCUCAAGAUGCCAUGUCGUAUGUUCGUCAUUAUGGUACAGCAGAUUUGUUCAUCACAUUUACAUGCAAUCCGCAAUGGAUAGAAAUCAAUCAGGAGUUAUUCUCUGGGCAAUCACCCAUUGAUCGUCAUGAUAUUACAGCCAGAGUCUUUAGACAAAAGUUGAAAUCUUUAAUGGAUUUCAUCGUAAAACAUAAUGUGUUUGGUGAGACACGCUGCUGGAUGUAUUCUGUGGAGUGGCAGAAACGAGGAUUGCCACAUGCACACAUUUUGAUUUGGUUGGUUGAAAAUAUAAGGCCAAAUGAAGUUGAUGCAGUGAUAUCAGCUGAAAUCCCUAAUGUACAAGUAGAUCCUGGAUUGCAUGAGGUAGUUAUCAAAAACAUGAUACAUGGUCCCUGUGGAACUCUUAAUCAAAAUUCACCGUGUAUGAUGGAUGGUAAAUGUUCAAAACGAUAUCCACGGACAUUAAUAUCGGAAACAAUUACUGGUAAUGACGGUUAUCCAUUGUAUCGUCGCAGAUCGACAGCAGACAAUGGAAAAUCAACAAUUGUAAAAUUAAAUCAACAAGAUAUUGAAAUAGAUAAUCGUUGGAUUGUUCCAUAUUCACCCAUUUUAUCAAAGACAUUCAAAGCACACAUCAACGUUGAAUCUUGCCAUUCAGUGAAAUCUAUUAAAUACAUUUGCAAAUAUGUAGCCAAAGGGAGUGAUAUGGCUGUGAUUGGAAUUGGUGCAGAGAAUUCCAAUGAUGAAGUUACCCAAUACCAAAUGGGCCGCUAUGUCAGUAGUAAUGAAGCAGUUUGGCGAAUAUUUUCUUUUCCUAUUCAUGAGAGACACCCUUCUGUUGUUCACUUAGCUGUGCAUUUAGAAAAUGGACAAAGAGUGUAUUUUACAGCACAGAACGCAGUACAAAGAGCUGCUCAGCCACCAUCUACUACAUUAACCAGUUUUUUUGAGACAUGCCAAAACGAUGAUUUCGCACAAACAUCGCUAUAUUCUGAAAUGCCAAAAUAUUAUACCUGGAAUCAAUCCUCAAGGAGAUUUAUACGACGGAAACAAGGAAAACCAGUUCCAGGAUAUACAGAUGUAUAUUCCACCGAUGCGAUUGGCCGGAUUUAUUCAGUACAUCCAAGCAAUGAUGAAUGUUUUUACUUACGACUGCUAUUAGUCAAUGUACGUGGCCCAACAUCAUUCCAACAGUUACGAACUGUUGAUGGUGAAUUGUGUGUAUCCUACAGAGAAGCCUGUCAACGUUUGCAAUUGCUUGAAAAUGACGCUCAUUGGGAUCAAACUCUCAAUGAUGCUGUAAUAUCAUCACACGCUCAUCAAAUAUGA